GUGUUUCCGGGCUGAAAGCGCCUGCAGCAGAAGCGGCUGCAGCUGCACAAUCGCGUUUUCUCUCCCGGUGUUUGUGGAAAAUCGUGCUCGCAGCCUGAACUCUGCUCUCGAGACUUGUCUAAAGUGAGUUGACCUGGAUGCGGCUCUGUCUGUCUGUCAGUGUGUGUGUGUGUGUGUUUGUGGGGGGGGGGGUACAGACAGACAGACAGACAGACAGACAGCAGGAACUAAGUCUCUGAGCCUGUGAAUCCCAGUCUUUGUCCCCGCGUCCACCCGCGUCCUCCUCUCAGCUCCACAAUGUCUGAACUGUUUAUGGAGUGUGUGGAGGAGGAGCUGGAGCCGUGGCAGAAACGAGCCCCUGAAGUUCACUUGAUAGAGGAUGAUGAUGAUGACGACGAUGAUGAUGAUGAACCCAUCUUCGUUGGAGUCCUCUCAAACAACCAGAAGAGUAGUGAGCCUAAACCUCCACCUCCGCAGGGAAACAGUACAGCAACACAGGAAAUAAAGCAGCCUGUUCCUCAACCAGCCAUCAGCUCCCCACCAAUGAUGCUGCCCCUGAAUAUCGCUCGAAAUGCAGUGACUACCGUCGCAACCACUCUGACAACAGUGACUCCACAACCCGUCAUUGUCAACAACCAGGGAUUUAUUGUCACGUCUCCACAAUUGGCAAACAGUGGUGGUCUUAUUGCCUCCCUUGGUAGACAGUAUCCCCCUGGAACUUCGUUCACCAUCGUACCAGCUGGUCAACAGCAGGUUUUUCAGCAGCUCAGUACAGGCACUGUGAUACCUGGUGCUGUCCACAGGCCUCAGGUCCAACAUAUCAGCAACAACAUUGUGACGUUGUCAAACGUCCAGAACCCAACUGUGUAUACAACUCAAGCUACUCACCUGCAACCCAACCAAACGGUCGCCCUCACGCUCCAGACCAACUCUGAGCCUGUACAGGCUAAUUCCACCAACAUAGGCAAGCGAGUUUUGCCACCGCAGCAAACGGACACCGUGGAAAAAAGAGCAAAGCUAGAUCUCGGGCCACCUGAACAAAUUUCAAAAGCGGAAAACGGAGUUGUGAAGAAGAAGUGUCCUAAGUGUCAAGAAGAGUUCCUUACACCAGGAGCGCUGACAUUUCAUAUGAUGGGUUGCUGCACAAAUCUUCAAAGUAAGGCUGCGUCAGCGCAGACCAGUGCAAACAAGUUCAUUAUGCUGGUCUCUGAUUUCUACUACGGCCAGUGUGAGGGAGAGACGAAGAAGCAGGAGAUGCCGAAGACCAACAUGACAUUCAAGUGCCAGAGCUGUUUGAAAGUUCUCAAGAACAAUAUCAGGUUCAUGAACCAUAUGAAACAUCACCUGGAGCUGGAGAAGCAGAACAGUGAGAGCUGGGAGAGCCACACGACCUGCCAGCACUGUUACAGACAGUACAUGACUCCGUUUCAGCUGCAGUGCCACAUCGAGAGUGCUCACAGCCCCAUCGAAUCCACAACCAAUUGUAAGAUAUGUGAGCUGGCGUUUGAGACGGAGCAAGUGCUGCUGGAGCACAUGAAGGACAACCACAAGCCCGGGGAAAUGCCUUACGUCUGUCAGGUUUGCGAUUACCGGUCCUCUUUCUUCUCCGAUGUGGAGACACAUUUCCGAAAUGUCCAUGACAACACAAAAGACCUGCUCUGUCCUUUCUGUCUCAAAGUUCUUAGAAGUAGUCAUAUGUACAUGCAACACUACAUGAAACAUCAGAGAAAAGGAAUCUUCCGCUGUGGGAAAUGCAGACUGAACUUUCUCACCCAGAAGGAGAGGUUGGAGCACAAGACUCAAGUCCACAAGACCUUCAGGAAACCUAAAGCUCUGGAGGGUCUUCCUCCGGGUACAAAGGUGACUAUCCGAGCCUCCCUCACAGGAAAGACGCCUGCCACGCCCGUCUCAUCGGAACACUGUGGUGUCACCGUCACCCCGGAAAAACAAAGCAAAGCUGCGCUCAGUGCGUCCAAGUCUAAGCUGAGCGUCUCUGCAGCUGCUAAAGGAAAGACGUCUCGCAGCAAGAAGAAAGAACUGCAGAAUUCCAAACACAACGUGUCCCUCGACAAUCUCAGCGCCGGUGGAAGAAGUUACACAUGCAUCGAGUGUAAUUCACGGGUCGACCACUUCUUCUCUCACUUCCCAAUGCUGUCGAGUUGUGGUGCGUGCAAGUAUCAGACCAGCUGCAAAGUUUCCAUCGGAAAUCACAUGAUUAAGUUUCAUAGCACCGCCAAAAACAGACUUCUGAAGAAGGAUCCGAGGAAGAGUUUGUCGACGCUAAAAUUAACUCUGGUCUGUCUCAACUGUGACCUCCUGGUGGACGCGUCAGGCGGUGACCUGAUGACCAAACACUUGACUGAUCGACCAAAUCACAUAUGCAAAAUCAUUCAGGAGAAAACAGAUAUCAAGACCAAAGAUCAAGCACUCACCGUGGCACAGCCUGCAAGUAUCCUGUACCUCAUGACAUCAACUGCUGCUCACAGACCACAGGACGUCACAUCUGGACGUUUGUCUGGUGAUGGCGUCACAUCUGGACAUUUGUCUGGUGAUGACGUCACAUCUGGACAUUUGUCUAAUGACAUCACAUCUGGACGUGAUGAUGUCACAUCUGGAGGUGAUGACGUCACAUCUGGAGGUGAUGACGUCACAUCUGGAGGUGAUGACGUCACAUCUGGACGUGAUGACGUCAUAUCUGGACGUUUGUCUGGUGAUGACGUCACUUCUGGACGUUUGUCUGAUGACGUCACAUCUGGACGUUUGUCUGAUGACGUCACAUCACAACGUUUGUCUGGUGAUGACGUCACAUCUGGACAUUUGUCCGAUGAUGGUGUCACAUCUGGACGUUUGUCUGGCGAUGACGUCACAUCUGGACGUGAUGAUGGUGUCACAUCUGGACGUUUGUCUGGUGAUGACGUCACAUCUGGACAUUUGUCUGAUGCCUGCAUUGAUCAGUCAGCGCCAGAGCUGAAGUUAGAAGCCGGAGAUCAGGGUUCCUCUGAAGAUUUGAUGAGAGGAGAAAUCCAGCUGUCGUCGCUGCCUGCUGUGUCGUCUUCCUGUCCAUCGGAUGGCGCUGUAGAGCUGUGUGAUGGAGCAGUAAGUGACUCGGAGAGUCCAGAUGUUGGAGAGCAGCUCCCUGAGCAUGAGACGAAAUCUGAAUAGCAUCUGUACAUCAAACACCAGGACCACGGUCUUAACUCAAAAAAGAUUAAAGAUUAAAAGGAAGCGAUUAAUGGUCCACACUUCAUGUCGUCAUUUCUUUUCCAAACAUCAGACGUGCGAUGAUGUCGCUGAGGCUCAGAAACGAUGCAAAACUUGUUUCUCCUGAAUGUUCUGUGUGUAUAAUACUUUAUCUUUGUGAGCAUUGACAUAGAUACGUCCACUACUGUCUCAUCUGCCCCAUAAAUGAGUUGGAAACAAAUAUCAGAAAAACUUGAACGCAGUGCUCGUCUGUCUCUGCUCCAGCGUCACAUUUGAUAUGCUCUUCUUCUCGAAGUCUAUAUUUAGGUACACGGCAGCAUAUUAUUAAGAGAAUCUUUUUAUAACAUUUAGUUGGUUUCUCUCUCUCUCUUGUGUUGAAUUUGAGCUGUGAUUUCCUGUAACUCCUGGCGUUUGUGUCGACCUGCACUGAUGAACAGGUGCAGUGAGGAUUCAUCAGUGACCACAGAAUGUAGCUUUAAACACGAGCACAUGUACAGCAGAUAACGACGUCCUUUAGAAAAGUCACUUUAGUCAAACACAUGAGCCUUGAUGUUCCCAGAUGACCUUUGUUACAGAAAGUGAUUCAUAAAACAUAAAAUGAUGUUUGCUUACUUUGUUUGGCUCAAAAUCUAAAGUUAUUCUUUUUAAGCAGAUGUGUAAAUACGUCCUCGUCUGUGAUGACACUGUAAAUGUAACCAAAGUCUUUCAGUACAUUCCUCUCUCUAAAUAUGUUUUCAUCAGAUCUAUAAACUGAUGGCUUUGGAUCAGUGGGUUUUUUCUCGUUUGUAAUGUAAAUAAAUCUUAAUUCAGUC